AUGAUGAUAUGGAAGUCCAAUCAGAAAAUUAAAAGAACACUUGAGUUUUUCGUUAUCUUUUUGAUUUUUAUAAGAAUUAUAAAUUGUCAAUUAAUAAAACUAGAUGGUCAAAAAAUUAACACAAACUAUAUUCUUUACGUUUUGAAGGGCUUAUAUAUAUUUGGAAAAGAUGAUGCGCCAUAUAUUCUGUUAGGGGAAAAAAAGGAUAUGAACGUAAAAGAAGCUCACGCCAUUUUUGAGAACAUAGGUAUAAGUACAGUUGAUAAUAAAAACACAAAAUAUUUUAGUUUUGGAGCUGCAGAGAAUAAAGAUGGUGAUAGUAAUAUAAAUAAUAAGGAUGGAAGUGAAUUAGGUGGAAACAAAAAAGACAAUAAAUCCAGCACAGGUAUUAGUAAUGGUGGUGGGGAUGGAAAAAAAGAUAAAGCCAAUGAUGAUGAUGACGAAAAAAAAGAAAAAUUUAAAUUGAAUUUGUAUAAGGAUAAUCCUUAUCUGCGAAAAAAGAAACAGUAUAGAUAUUUAGAUGAUGACAAAUCUUUUGGUACCGCUGAUUUAUUUUUAGAAUUAGUUCUUAUGAAAGAGACUGAGUUUAAUAAAUAUUAUUUACCAAAAGAUACAGAUGUUUGUUGUCGUACGGAUGGAAAUGGUAUGGAUGGAAAUGAUAUAUUUACAUGUCCGGGUAAAGGAUAUUUAAAAAGAUAUGUAGAUGAGUCAAAUAUGUAUUCAUUGAAAUUACCAGUUUAUUUUAUAAAAGAUAAAAUUCACGAUAGUAAUUCUUACUUAUCAGAUAAUGAAGUAAACCAGGAACAAUUUUUAAAUAAAAUUAAGAAUAAACAUAUGUACAAUAUUAAUCAGACAGAUGUGUAUGCUUUAUUUUUAUCAAAUUGUUUAGAUAGUAAAAAAUUUGAGUUAGAAUUACAUGGAAAUAUUCAUAUAUUAAAUAAAUAUGGAUAUCUACCAGGAGAUAAGGUAUCUAAAUUAAAUUUAUAUGUUUUCUGUAUGAUAGUUUAUUCCAUAUAUUUAUUUAACUGGAUAUAUUUAUUAGUUAAAAAUAAGCAGUUUGUUAUCAAAAUUCAAAUUUGGAUACUAGUUUGUAUCUUUUUAUAUUUAAUGGAAAAUUUCUUUUUAUUUCUUUAUUUUCUAGUAUAUAAUUUACAUGCAAAGAUUAAUAAUAAUUUAUUAUUCCUAUCGGUUUGUUCAAGUAUUUUGAAGAAUGUUUGUUCUUACCUUUUAAUUUUAUUGGGAUCAUUAGGUUGGGGCUUAGUUAUUCCAACAUUAGAUAGAAAAACAUUUAUCAAAAUAAAAGUUUUAUUCUUUUUUUUUAUAAUAUUUGAUUUUAUAAAACAUUUCUUAGAUAUGCAUUUAACAGAUUCAGAAAUCAAUACAAUCUAUUUCUUUUUUUGUAUUAUUCCAGUAACUGUAAUUUAUUCCAUAAUAUAUUUAUGGGUAUUUACCUCAGCUAGUAAAAUUAUUAUUCAAUUGAAUGAAGAUAAGCAAUAUGAAAAGUUAAAUAUGUUUAAAAGAUUUUUCAACGUUUUAAUAUUUACACUUAUAUUUUCAGUUAUUGCCUUUAUUAUUGAUAUCAUUGUAAUGGUAUUUGUAGAUAAUACGAUAUGGAAUUUAAAAUGUUAUCUCAGUGAAGGAAUAAUAAGCUGUUUAUUUUUAAUUAUCCUAACAGCAAUGGUUAUGUUGUUUAAACCAUCAGAUAGACUUAAAAGAAUUUCACAUUUUACUGAAAUAGGAGAUAUGGACGAAAUGGAGGACUUUUCGCACUUCGAGCAUUCCAUAGAAGAUAUAUCCUAG